AUGUCCGACGCAGGAUCCAACAUUGACCCGAAGGAGGAGCAGGAGAAGAAGGAGAUCGCUGAGAUCGCGACGAAGAUGACGAACUACAUCGAUCCGUGUCUCGCAAAGGUCAAACCUCUCCUGAAGCUCAUCAACGAGCACUUGGCCCGCGCCAAACGCGACCAGGAGAAGGAUGAGCUCGACGAGGAAGCGCUCGUCAAGCAAGUCCGACCUCUGCUCGAGCAGGCGCAGGGCAUGCUACAAGAGGCUCUCGGUGGUAUAAAGGCUCUUGACCCAGGAGGAAAGAUAGCCGAGAUGUCCAAGCGCCGGGCUGCAGACCAUCAAGCAACGCCCGAGGAGCAGCAUCUCGCUGAGUCCCUUGGAGAGUUGACUGGUGAUGUAAUGCACACCAUCGAGAACGCAAAAUCCAUCAUACAAGACAUGCCACGAGCAAAGAAGGAUCUCAGUCCUCUUCUCGACGCCGUCACCCAACCCUUAUUCCAAAUUAUCUCCGGUGUCGGCUUGGUACUCAACGGCGUCUUCACCCUCUUGGGCAACAUCCUCAACGGCAUCGGUCUUGGUGGCAUCCUCAAUGGUAUCCUCGACGCUCUGGGUCUCAACAAGCUGCUUGGGAGCAUUGGUUUGGGCAGCCUUGGGAGCUCGCUCGGUGGUAACAAGGACGGGAAGAAAGACAAAAAGCAGGCUCAGGGCCAGAAGAAGUGA